AUGGCGGGCAGCCCAGGCAGCGGGGCCUCCUUGGAGGGCAUAUCCCUGGGCUCCUCUGAGGAAGCCGAGCUCCGGAGGGAAGCCAUGCAGCAAGUCCUGGACAACCUGGGAUCCCUCCCCAAUGCCACGGGGGCUGCGGAACUGGACCUGAUCUUCCUUCGAGGCAUUAUGGAAAGUCCCAUAGUCAGGUCCCUGGCCAAGGCCCACGAGCGGCUUGAGGAGACAAAGCUGGAGGCUGUGCGAGACAACAACCUGGAGCUCGUGCAGGAGAUCCUGCGGGACCUGGCGCAGCUGGCCGAGCAGAGCAGCACCGCCGCGGAGCUGGCCCGCAUCCUCCAGGAGCCCCACUUCCAGUCCCUCCUGGAGACCCAUGACUCUGUGGCCUCAAAGACCUAUGAGACACCACCCCCCAGCCCCGGCCUGGACCCAACGUUCAGCAACCAGCCUGUGCCUCCGGACGCGGUGCGCAUGGUGGGCAUUCGCAAGACUGCUGGAGAGCAUCUGGGUGUGACGUUCCGCGUGGAGGGCGGUGAGUUGGUGAUCGCACGCAUUCUGCAUGGGGGCAUGGUGGCUCAGCAAGGCCUGCUGCACGUGGGUGACAUCAUCAAGGAGGUGAACGGGCAGCCGGUGGGCAGCGACCCCCGCGCGCUGCAGGAGCUCCUGCGCAGCGCCAGCGGCAGCGUCAUCCUCAAGAUCCUGCCCAGCUACCAGGAGCCCCAUCUGCCCCGCCAGGUAUUUGUGAAAUGCCACUUUGACUAUGACCCUGCCCGAGACAGCCUCAUCCCCUGCAAGGAAGCGGGCCUGCGCUUCAGCGCUGGAGACUUGCUGCAGAUUGUAAACCAGGACGACGCCAACUGGUGGCAGGCAUGCCACGUGGAAGGGGGCAGCGCAGGGCUCAUUCCCAGCCAGCUGCUGGAGGAGAAGCGGAAGGCUUUCGUCAAGCGCGACCUGGAGCUGACGCCCACCUCAGGAACGCUAUGUGGCAGCCUUUCAGGAAAGAAGAAGAAGCGAAUGAUGUAUUUGACCACCAAGAAUGCAGAGUUUGACCGCCACGAGCUGCUCAUUUAUGAGGAGGUGGCCCGCAUGCCCCCUUUCCGCCGGAAAACCCUGGUGCUGAUCGGGGCUCAGGGUGUGGGUCGGCGCAGCCUGAAGAACAAGCUCAUCAUGUGGGAUCCAGACCGCUACGGCACCACGGUGCCCUACACAUCCCGGCGGCCCAAGGACUCAGAGCGGGAAGGCCAGGGUUACAGCUUUGUGUCCCGUGCGGAGAUGGAGGCCGACAUCCGUGCUGGGCGCUACCUGGAACAUGGCGAAUAUGAGGGCAACCUGUAUGGCACACGGAUCGAUUCCAUCCGGGGUGUGGUUGCUGCCGGCAAGGUGUGCGUGCUGGAUGUCAACCCCCAGGCAGUGAAGGUGCUGAGAACAGCUGAGUUUGUCCCUUAUGUGGUGUUCAUCGAGGCCCCUGACUUUGAGACCCUGCGGGCCAUGAACCGGGCUGCGCUGGAGAGUGGGGUGUCCACCAAGCAGCUGACGGAGGCGGACCUGAGACGGACAGUGGAGGAGAGCAGCCGCAUCCAGAGAGGCUACGGGCACUACUUUGACCUCAGCCUGGUCAACAGCAACCUGGAGAGGACCUUCCGGGAGCUCCAGGCCGCCAUGGAGAAGCUGCGGACCGAGCCCCAGUGGGUGCCUGUCAGCUGGGUGUACUGAGCCUGAUCACCCGGACCUAAUGCCCUCUGGCGUGUCACCCAGAACCCUGAAUCCCUCCCCUUCCCAUCUGUGACCCCCAGCCACAAUCUUUAGUUCCCCUGGCGCUCUGGCUCUCCCUGGGUUACGGCUCCUGGCGGGCCCGAAGUCUGGCUCCAGCGCAGAGGCAUGCACUGCCAGGGAGGCGGGCGUUCAUGGGGUACCUCUAUGCCCAGGUGCUGCCCACUCCCGAUGCCCAUUGGCCACCAGAUGUCCCUCUCUGAGGGCCAAGCUGUGCCCAGGAGUGUGUCAGAGUCACUUCCAUAAUGCUCAGUCCAGAGAGAGAAAAACUACUUUGGGACCAUGUGGUCAGUAGUACACUGCCCCCUGCCAUCUCUCUCCAGUCACCUUUUCUCCUCUGGACUGGCCCCCCCCCCCAUUCCUCUGUUCCUCCCGCCUCUCACCCCUGUGGCCUAGGAGCAGGCUGUAGGCUGUUUCCAUGUGGUCAGGAGAGUGCAUGGCCCCAUGGCCGCCAAGCAGGCCCAGGCCCUGGUGCCAGCCUGGUGCCAUCCUGAAGACUGGGGGAGCCAAAGCACCAGCCAGCGGCCACAGCCGGAGCCGGGGGCAGUGUAGCUCUCGGCUCUCUCGGCAUGGGGCGGUGUCCCACGAGAGGACGUAGCCCCGUCCCUCCCUCAUCCACAGCUUUUCACUGCCGGAGUCUCUCCACAGACUUCUCCGACGUGCCCCUGAGAGGUUGGCUCUGCUCCUCGCAAGGCCGGGCUGCAGGGGUCAGCAGCCCAGGUCGGGGUGGGGUGAAGGCUGAGCCCUGUGAGGAGCCUGCUUCUACUGACUGAAGAGCCCCAGGCUCUCCGUGGCCCCUGGUAGGGGCGCGUCCUGCUUCUCCAGCCCGUUUGUCCAUCUCGGUCUUCUCUGGCCGGGCCCACUCACAUCAGGGCUUCCUGGGGGCUGAGGAAGGAUGCGGAGCAAGCCCUGCGAGCACCAGGCCGUGGAGCUUGGGCUUGGCGAAGGACGUUUGUGUGCUAGCAGUUCUCAUUGCACAACUCCAGGGGGCGCCCUCCACGUGCUUUCUGUGCAGUUUAUGCUCCGUAUGCUGUGGGGCCUGGUCUGUGUUUCUGUCCCUGGCGUGUGUGUGUCAGGCUUGGUUUUUGGUGAGGAGAGGCAAAGGGUGGUUUUGCUUUGGAGGUCACUCUUUGGGGCCUCUUUUUUGGGGUUCCCCAUCAGCCCCCAUUUCUUAUGAGACCCUUAUCCCAGAUUCCAGAGGCUUGGCCCUCCCCAGGUGUCUUCCUCCAGCUCUCCUAUUGUCCCCCAACCCUAAAUGCCACUCUCCAGUUUUGGGGGAGGGCAAUGUGUAAAAUAGGAGAAUCUCUUUUAAGAAAAGAAUGCCAUCCUAGACACCCCCAGGCAUCUCCUCCCUCCUCUCUGUGAUCCUUCCUGGGGUGAGCCUGUCCUUGCAGGGACCACCCCAGCGCCCCACCCCAGGCCCCGUGCUUCCCGGAUCUGAGUGUCUAAUCUGUCUUCGCUGCAGUGUCAGCCCAAGCUGGCCCCUCAACCACUGUGUGCCCAUUUCCUAGGGAAGGGGAGGGAGAAGAAACAGAAUAUUUAUUACAAAGUUAGAAAUAUAUUUAUUAUAUUAGGGAUCUCAUUUGCAUUUGCAUAGGAUAUGCAAAUGAGAUGUAAAGGUCAAGCCUGCUCCCAUCUCAUUUGCAUAGCUCUGCAUCCACUAUGCAGUGAUGUUUAUGUUCAUCUUUUCCCUCUAGUCAGUGUUCUUUUAUUCUCAGUUCAGCUCUCCCUUGCUUCACCCUCACCGUGAGCCUAAGGGGACUGGGAGUGGGAGGAAAACGGGGAGUUUUGCCACUUGCCUGAGGUCACAGCGUCAUUUGCUAGCGCCUUCUCUUUGUGGGGACUUGGGAGUAGAAGCAGCAAGGAUCUGCGGUUGUGGCCCCUCUCUCCUUCUUGGUUAACCUCCAGAGCUCCUUGGACCACAGGGCAUCCUCUCUGAUUGGGGUGAGGGCAGCCGUGCAUGGGGGGCUGGGCACUUUGUUGGGGAGUUGGCACCUGGCCCUUUAGGGCCAAUCUCCAGUGUUGAUGCUAUUUUGGCACUUUCACCUCUAGUGAUGCCUGAGAGGAGGGCUGGGCCCCUCUCCUGUCUCCAUCCCUCUCUGAACUGUGUCCUCCAUCCCCUGGAAGCCCCAUUCUACAUUGGAACGGUUGUGGGACCUCAGGAUAAUGAGGACUCUGCACCCCGCUGUCCACACUCAGUCCCAGCCUGGUUGCCCUUUCCCUCUCCCCUCCCUCAGCCAUCUAAUUCUUGAGCCUUCUCUCUGACUGGUUUUCUUUCUUUUCCUUUGAUUAAAUGUGAAAGCAAAGGC